UCAACUCAAACAAUCCAGUCUACUCUACUCAAUCAACCCACUCAAUCAACCGAUCCCCGAUCAACCAAUCCAAUCAAUCAAAAUGCAGUUCACCACCAUCAUCAUUGCUACCCUGGCCGCUGUUGCCGCUGCCUCUCCCUACCCUGAUGCUUUCGAGAAGCGCACCUGUGUCGGCAACUACAAGGUUGCCUGCGAGAACGGUGGCGUCGCUUGCUGCGAUGGCUGGCAAUGUGUUGGCGCCACUGAGUGGAACGCCGGUGUCUGCAUCCCCUAAAUACUAGGCGUCGAAUGGAGUUGAUAUUUGUGCGGGCAUAAAUAGAAAAU